UAGGAUACAGAGGAAGGGUUCCUGCUGCAUUGAUGGAUGCUGGGAUGCUGCCGGUGGAGCAUCUCCACCUGGAACAUGUUCUGCAGACUGUGUGUGUGUUGGAGUCAGUCAUCAUCUGCAGUUUUGGCCCUGAAGGAGGACAGGUGCUGUUCACCCGUGACACAGGACAGGCGAUGUUGAGCCGCAGUGGGACACGCAUUCUCACUGCGCUACGACUGGAGCAUCCAGUGGCCAGGAUGGUAGUGGAGUGUGUCUUGAAACACAGCUCUGUGACGGGCGAUGGAUCCAAGAGCUUUAUCCUUUUGCUGGCAUCAUUACUUCGGAUGAUUCAUAUAUCAGCCUGCAAAGAGCCUAAUGUGUCUCACACCUAUAACUCCAGGGAAGCCGCAGAGGCUGCUACUGCCAGUCACUUGGCUGGCGAAAUAUUGGCAUUUGCAUUAGAGGAGCUGGAGGAUCUCAUUGCCAUGGGAGUCGUCCCAUAUGGAUGCUGUCUUUCGUGGGAGGAUCUCACUGCACAAACACAAUCAUCAGCACACACAAACUCUAACAGUGUUCAAAAGCUGCUGUCAUCAUUCUUUCAAACACGUCUGGAUCCCACCCACUGUGACUUUAUUAGCAACCUCACCUGUGAACUGCUCACUCACUGGAAGUUUAAAAAUGGCCGACCUUCCACAUCACUUCAGUUUCUAAAUGACAACUUUCCUGCCUUGCAUACACCUGUAUCAGGCUUUCCUAUCACUUGUUCUCGUUUGAUUGAGGGGCAGGUCAUUCACAGGGACUUUGCUACACCCUGCCCUCAGACUGACCACCAGCCAGUUAAAGCUGUGGUUUUCACUGGGUGCCUGCAACCAAAAGUGCUCAGUGCAGGAGAAGUGCUAGAGCUGGGAUGUGGAGAGCUAGGAUUGGAGGAGAAUUCAAGGAAGCAGAGAAAUAUUGGUCAGUUUAGUGCAUGGGCAGAAAGGUCACUGGAGUGUGUCAUUGCAAACCUGCAGAGCCUGGGCGUCUCCGUGCUCCUGUCUGCAGUGAAGCAGUCGGCUUCCGGCCUGGCUUUAGCUGCACAGGCAGGGAUGUGCAUUGUGGAGUGUGUCAGUGAGGAUGAGCUGUCUCUCUUUGCCCAGCUAAGUGGGGCCACACCUGUCUCCGACUGCUGGAUGAUUGAACCAGAGCACGUUGCUACGCUGACCUUCUGCAGACCCAUACUGCUGGGAGCCCAUAGGUAUGUUCAUGUGGCUUUCCAUGAUUCAGAGGAAAGGGUCAAACCCUGUGGACUGGUCAUCUGUGGUGCAGGAGAAGGGCAAACUGACCAGUAUGCAUGUUCAUUUCAAGAUGCCAUCCGCAUGCUACAUUCAGCUUCGGAGCCCAUGGGUUUGACCGCAAAAACAGCUUCAAAGAGGAACUUUCAGUCAAAUGAAAGCUUGUAUUUACAUACAGACAAUCAAAUCCCCAGUGCACCGCCCUUCCAGCACUGUGUGUUGGAGCCCGGCUGUGUUGUACCUGCUGGUGGGACAUUUGAGUUUCUUUUAAACCAUAUCCUCAUACAGCAUGGUCGCAGCAGCUCAGUUUCUGAUGACACAGUUGUGGGUGUCCCUGCUGUUUGCCAGCUCUUGGCAAAUGCUCUAUUGAGCGUUCCCCAACAGAUUUACUCCCACAGUCCACAACAUUUCCUUCAGACUCAAACAAGGCUCCUGAGUUUUAUUCAGAAUCAUUCCCACCCUUUCAGCCUUGUAUACAAACAAGAAAACAACAAAAACCUCCUACAGGCUGGGGGUAGAAGUACUCUAGAGGAGCGUAAACAAAGCAUGCAUUGUUGUAGAGAAGCUGACAUGUCAUCAAAAGUUUUCAUGCCGGACUUGGGCCUUGAAUCUGUCUCCUGUAAAUACAAGCUGCUUCUGGCUGUGCUGCAGUGUGUUUCAAGUCUUCUCCAUGUGGACGCUGUGCUGCACACAUACACUGCCUUACACAAGCAGUCACGCAGACUUGCAAACAUUUCCUGGGAGGGCACAGAGGACGAGGCUGAAGAUUGAGAUUAUAUUGUGUCCCAUCUGUAAGCCAUAAACACAUUUUCUCUCAGUGCAUACCGCAUGCUGCACACACACUCAGGUAUCAUUCAUAAGUUAGAGGAAAUAAUUUGCAAUUUGAUGCGGAUUGUUAAAGCAAUUUUCUGACGGUGACACCCAUUUUUAAAUAAUUUAUUUCCCUCACAACAAUAUAUUUGUGAUGCACAUUUGUAAUGCAAGUUUAUACUUUCACUGAGAUAAUAAAUUACAUUUAAUGGCA